CUUCCUUGGUAGGACUAGUCCUUCCAAGGAAGGAUCCUUCAGAGGCUAGGCCAGAGUCCUUCUUAGCAUUCGGAGAACUAGUACAAUGGAACAGGCUACCAAGUGCACGUCACUGCGUCAUUACGUCAGUGAAAAACCCCGCCUUCGGCGCUGCAAUUCAACAGUGGUCAACAAUGGAUGUGCUAAUUAUUUGUGUGCUGUACAGCAUCUUUGCUGAGAUGGAAAUGGAGAUGGUGAGGGAGCAUCGGCGACAGGCUGCCCGCAGGAGGAGGAGAUUAAUUUGUCGCCACCUCUGCCGUCAAAGACGUGGGAUGGCUCGGCAUUACUGUGCCAUAAAUGCCACAGUGCCAGUACUCCAGAGGUACUAUGGUGGGGAGGACACCCGCCCAGACUUCAGGCUGGGAAGAGAGACGAUUCAGCAUCUGAUGGCGAUCCUGAAGACAGACAGGCAGCAUGGGUGGGGGCCGACCCUGGAGACACUCGUGUUCCUGUUCUGGCUGGCAACCGGUUCAGCCUACCGAGUUGUCUCCAGGGUCUUCUGCAUGCCCCAACCCACGGUGCACAGAGUGGUCCACAGGAUGGUGGAUGAGGUGGUGGGUGUCCUCCCCCAUUUUGUGCACUUCCCCCGCACACAGGAGGAGCUCCAGGUGGUCGGGGAUGGCUUUGGCCGACUAGCUCAUCACCGAGCAUUUGACAAGGCAGCAGGGGCAGUGGAUGGCUGCCAUAUCCGAAUCAAAUGUCCUGGCGGCCCUGAUGGUCACGACUACAAUAACAGGAAACUGUUCCCGUCCGUGGUGCUCCAGGCAGUCUGUGACCAUCAGGGUCGCUUCAUGGACAUCUUUGUGGGUUACCCAGGAAGCGUGCAUGAUGCACGCAUCCUAAAGAACAGCCCCAUCUACACUAGGGGGACUUACCCUCCACCUGGGUAUUUCCUCCUAGCUGAUGGUGGCUACCCAUGUCUACAGGAACCCCUGGCCCUUAUCACACCAUAUAAGAGGCCAGUGAGAGGCAUGGCAGAGCAACGGUUUAAUUAUCAUCAUUCCAGAGGUCCGCUCAAUCAUUGA